UUGGAUUUGUUCUUUUUUGUCUCUCCAUGGCCCGUCGGGCGAGAUGCGAUGCUCAUGGCGCUGCCGGCUCUUGUGCAUCGUGUCCGUGGGACUUCUGCUGUCGAUUUCUGGGAAGGUGCUGGAAAUGGUUCGUUCCUUAAGAGAGGAACGGGGCGAGGAAGACGGGUCAGUCAGCGACUUGUCCAGUGAGGCCACCGGAUCUUCCUGCUGUUUCAAAGGCAUUCGCUGUGACCAAGCUGAUCCCUACAACAUCUUCGUCAUGCAGUCUGAACGUCCAGACGGGCGGUUGAAGCUGAUGUAUGCGCCCAUCACCCAAUCUUUGGUCUUAGGUUUGCAGAGUAGAGAAGAAGAGUGUGGCUACAAGACCUUCAAAGUCUUGCCAGAAACCCGGCGUGACAUCUUCCAAUAUCCCGUUCCGCCGAAGUCAGGCGAUGUGAUCAUCUAUGUCGGCACCUUGAACUCCUCCACGUUUAUGGACCGCUGCCGCACGCAGAUGGCUCCCAACCGCACCUAUUGCAUUUGGUAUCAAGUGGAGCCGCGCGAAUGGCCCAAGGCGAGUCCCACGGGCCGCUCCGGUGUGUGCGAGGUCUGGGAGUACACGCGCGGCAACGACCCGUCAUUGGGCGUGCCGUUGGUGCGCUACGUGCCGCCGGGCUUCAUGCCGACCGAGGCCACGGAGGAGCAAAACGAUCGCCUGGUACAGUGGAGGGCGCGAUCCUUAAAUCCCAAGAGCUUGCAAUGGUACUUCAUUGGGCGCUUGGGGCCGUUGAGGCAAGUUUGCUGGGAUCAAUUGCAAGAGUUGAAGUAUUUCAAGAAGCACGAGCUGAAAAAGAUCCCGCAAGGUGGAGCGAAAGGCUAUCCGAAGGUGUACACGGUGGAGGAUUGGAGGAAGCUCGGGCGUCUCAAGAAUGCGGCGUUUCUGAACUUUCACCAAGCUUGCAAUCGUCCUCAGCCGUUGGAGACCAAACCCCUGGAGGCGGUGCGGGUGGCACAGCUUUUGAGUCUGGGCUUCUUGGUGGUUUCAGAGGAGGUCAACAGCAUAGACAAAGCACUCUAUGAACAGAUCGUCCUGGUCGAGAAGGACCUCUUUCAUGAGAAGAACUGGAGCCCUUUCUUUUGGCGCCUUCUACAGAACAAAACGGCUCUGGUGGAUUGGCAGCUGAGGGCCUAUGACCUCUUCAAGCAGCGCUUUCGUCCCAGCAAGCUUUUGCAUGAUGCCCAGGUCUGGGAUGGUGGUGUGCCGAGCCGAAGCACCUGCGACGCCUAGCACCGCCGAAGGACGUGAGACGGCGCAACGAAAGAGUCCACCAAGGGGUCCGGAAGGCAACGGUCGGAGCCUUCGGAAGCAGAGGUCAUCUUGCGGA